GGGGGGGAAAUAAAUCUUUUUUUGGGGUAAGGAAUAGCUAACGUUGUUUAAGUUGUAGCUCCUGAUACAAGGUUGACGUGACACGGGCAGUGUUGGGUUGGAGAGGGAUGGAGGGCCAGUGCUGGAGACUGAGCUUUGGUGGCUGAAGCUGCAACAUCUUCUCUCCCCCCGUUCUUCCAUUAAGCAGUCUGUACACUUAAUAUAGCUGUUGAUUGGAAAUUGUUCCCCUGAGCGUAGAUUCUUUUAUCUUUAUGUAAAUGCUCGUUCAUGCUCCGUUUUAGGCUGUGUAUUUUGCUUGCUGUGUCUGUCACUUGAGAGAGGUUUUAUAAGCUGUGAAGAAUUUCCUUAUUUUUCAGAACAGGCAUGUUCCAUCUUGUGGAUCUUGCACUCAACUCAGGAGUGAUGUGUUUCCCCUUGUCAGCUGUCUGCUCCCUUUGAGUGACAGGGGGUGACAGUUCAUGAGGAAGGCAUGGAAACAUCAUAACCUAUGGAGGUUUUUUGGUUAGUGGAAGAAAAAGUGCGAUGGAGCUGGAAUUAAAAUUGUUUACUCCCUCUGAAUAUGGCUUAUCACUUUCUUUGAUCUUUUCUUUAAAUUCUUUGUGUUUUAUCUCAGGUUACGUACUUCUCAAAUUUCUGUCCCCUACCAGGUUAGCACCACCGGUGCUUGCGAUCUUCAAGCAUCUGAAAAAUACACAUUUGGUGGAUAUGAUUUAAGAAAUUCCUUUUAUCACAAAACAUAGCUGAAGUGCAGAACUACAGUGACGUGGGUUGGGUUUUUUUCUUUAAUUGCGGAGGCCGGAGAUGGUACGGAGAUGCAAAUGGUGUCCUGCAGAACACUUUUUUUUGCAAAUGUCCUGUUCAUGCAACUUUAGAAGGCAGACAGCAGACUCUGUGCCUUGCCACAGUGCUGCAGUGACUCAGUUCUAGAUGUUGCUGAUAUAAAUGGGACAUUUGGGUUCCUCCACUGGCUUCUCACACAAGUCAAACUGAAAGACAGUUUGCUGUUGCUGACUAUUCUAAUGCAUGGUAACAAAUGAAAUCAGAAUUGUGCAUCAUUGUGGCCAUUAUGUUAGGGGAAUUUAGACCACGGUUAUGUUCAAAAAGUUUCCGAGUGAAUACCCCUUGCUGCUUUUCUUGGAUGUUUCAGGCCAUGUUGAGUGCCUAUAUCGCAGUCUUUUUGCUGGAUCGGACCCAGAAGUCUGUUGAGUUCAGCAUCUUUUGCAUUCAGAGAGCAGUGCUGUCCGCUUCAAUGGAAAGCGCAGGAGGCAGCGCAUGUUGGGCAGCUGCAGGGUAAUCUGCUCCCAAAGAAACAUCGUGGUUUACAUCUACUGCGGCUUAUUUUUGUUCAUUGUUUCCUGUUUAUGUGGGUAAUCUUCUUAUCCACAGAAAUGUCCGGUCCUCUUCUUGAAUCCAUGAGUUCUUGCUUCUAGACAUUUUGGAGCAGUAGGUUCCAUGGACUUUAAAAAAAAAAAAGUAAUAGCCUCUUUAGUUCUUUGCAUAUAAGUGGCAAUUCUAUUCUUCAUAUAAUAUAUGAAAGGAGGAGUUGUUAUUUAUUGUAUUGCCUUUUUAAUAUCUGAUUUUACUUGUUUUCUUUCAAAGGCAAGCACUCCAAAUCUUUUUAGUGUCUCUAGCCAUAAUUUUUUUCCACAUCCUUUACUGUUAUUGUUGUCCUUUUCUGAAUUCUGUCCUUCUCUGACAAGAAUUCUGACUCUUACCUGUGGUACCCUUCUUGAGAUGGAGCGAAGAUGAAAUGAAUCCAGUAAUCCAAGGAAGGUGCUGGAAAAUUACUCUGAUGCUCCUAUGACCCCAAAACAGAUUCUGCAGGUCAUAGAGGCGGAAGGACUAAAGGAAAUGAGUGGCACUUCUCCCCUAGCCUGCCUCAAUGCCAUGCUCCAUUCCAAUUCAAGGGGAGGUGAUGGACUCUUUUACAAACUGCCUGGACGCAUCAGCCUUUUCACGCUCAAGAAGGAUGCCUUGCAGUGGUCUCGGAAUCUGUCUGUGCCAGAAGGGGAGGAGCUGGAGGAUACAGCAGAUGCAGAAAGUUGCGAAUCCAAUGAAGCAAGCACUGUGAGUGGUGAUAAUGAUGUGUCUCUUGAUGAAACCUCCUCUAAUGCCUCGUGUUCCACUGAAUCUCAGAGCAAGGGACCCGCUGCUACUAGGGAGAGCUACAGAACUGCCUCCCAGACAUCCAAACAAAAGAAAAAGACUGGUGUAAUGCUGCCACGUGUUGUCUUAACACCACUGAAAGUAAACGGGGCACACAUGGAGUCUGCCUCUGGCUUCACAGGAAGGCAUGCUGAUGGGGAGAGCAGUAGCACAUCCAGCAGCAGCAGCAGCUCUUUGGCCCUGUGCAAAGCCACCUUGCGUAGUAGAACAGAAAUAAACAGGGAUCCUCCGCAGCUUCUGAGAGGCAUCCGAAAGCCCACAGCUGGGCAAAUGAAACGAAACAGGGGUGAGGAUAUUGACUUUGAAACGCCUGGUUCCAUUCUUGUCAAUACAAACCUGCGAGCUCUGAUAAACUCCAGAACCUUUAAUGCGCUCCCAUCGCACUUCCAGCAGCAGCUCCUUUACCUCCUUCCAGAAGUUGAUAGACAGGUUGGGGCUGAUGGGCUGAUGCGUCUCAGUGGCAGUGCUCUGAAUAAUGAAUUCUUCACCCAUGCUGCACAGAGCUGGAGAGAACGACUAGCUGAUGGUGAAUUCACUCAUGAGAUGCAAGUUCGAAUUCGGCAGGAGAUGGAAAAGGAAAAGAGAGUGGAGCAAUGGAAAGAGAAGUUCUUUGAGGACUACUAUGGACAAAAGUUGGGCUUGACCCAAGAAGAAUCCCAGGAGCAGAAUUUGGUGCAAGAAGAUGCUGAGAACAGGACAGGACUGUCUGUUAAAGGAGAAGCAAGACUGCCACGCGGUCCUUCUACACGGCAGAGAGAUGGGCACUUCAGAAAACGCUCCCGGGCUGACCUGCGAUGCAGAGCCAGGAGGAGCCUGUACAAAUUGCGUGAAUCUGAGCAAACGGAGGCUUCCAAAGAGACCGCUUCUGUGGGCCCAGAUUCCUCUCUUCAUAAAGAGACAAAGCCUGAGAAAGACCUGAAGAAAGAUGAUCUGACGAGCCCUUCGGCUGCAGUACUGAAGCCAGAGAGUUCAGAAUUGCACCUCUCUCCAGAGUCUUCCAAAUUACACAGUAAAUCAGAAGAUCUGUCAUUGGCAGCUGCAAACAGAAUUCCCAGUUUGCCCCAGGAGAACUCUGCUCGGGAGUCCAAGGAGCAGAAGAGGAAAUGCUUUGAGGAGGCUGCCUCUGCGUCCUUCCCCGAAAAGAAGCCCCGGCUUGAAGAUCGUCAGUCCUUUCGUAACACAAUUGAAAGUGUUCACCCAGAAAAGCCACAGCCUACUAAAGAGGAGCCAAAAGUCCCACCCAUCCGGAUUCAACUUUCACGUAUUAAACCACCCUGGGUGGUUAAAGGUCAGCCCGCUUACCAGAUAUGCCCCAGGAUCAUCCCCAACACGGAGCCCUCCAGCCGGGGCAGGACUGGGGCCAGAACACUCGCAGACAUUAAAGCCCGUGCUUUGCAAGCCCGAGCCCAGCGAGAAGCUGCUACAGCCGCCAUUGGAGGUGGGGGUGGCCCAGGUGGAGGGAGAAGUACUGAUGAAGGAGGUGGUGGAGGAGAAUCCAGCAGCCAUACAGAGCACCGGAGAUCAAAGAGAGCUCAUGGAAAGCGUUCGUCAGAUCUACAACGAACACAAUUACUGUCGUCUCUCCAUGUGAAUGGAGAAAAGGCUAACUCUGAGGUGGCUGCUCAGGAGGCCAACACAAAUUCCUUCCUCUCUUCAAGACAACACCCCUUUUCUUCAAAGAGUGAGGGAAGUGGUGAUCUGGAACGCGCUGCAGGCCCUAGCUCAGGGGAAGCUCAACCUGGUGAUGGUUCACCUAGAAGGCAGUUCUGUGAUGCUUUGACUGGGUCAUCCUUAGACAAUGCAACUUCUGAGAGGCAGGAGGAGAGCCCUGAGCAGCUCCUCUGCGACCCAAGGACCGAAACCCCGUCUUGUGUUGCAUCACAGGAGAGGCAAAGUACAAAGCUGAAAUGCGCGAUUCCUCCAGUGAACGGUCUGUCUUGUUCUCAGGUGCAGGGAGCUGUGAUCAGUCCUACAGGAAAGAGGGUUGUGUCAGAAUUCAAAGAUGUUAGUGCUCCUGCCGUACAGUUGGAUUAUCAUUCUGACACAAAGGAAAAUUCCUCCAGUUGUCCUGCUCUUCUGCCAGAAUUGUCAUCAGGUGGUAAAGAAUGCCGUGAGCCAGAAAUGGUAUCUAGAUUUAGAUUUAAUGGCUCUGAAACAUUUGUGGAAAAAUGUGUUGCUGAUAGUGAUAACUCCAAAAUGGUGACUACUGGAGUGGAGAAAGCAGUCCCUGCACUGUAUAACUUUGCACACCUGCAGGCAGAUAAAGAGAGUGAUGGCAAACUAAGUAAUGAAGAACAAAAUACAGAGUCUCUGGUGAAACCCUCUUUACGUGAUGACUUUAUUUCUCAGAAUAGGAUAGAUACCUGUGAAAAACUUCUGCAGCUGAGGGAGAGGUGCCCUAGAACAGAACAAGAAGAUGCACAUCAGCCACUGAGAGAGACUCAAGAGUUCAAGACAAAUGGAGAUGAUGAAGUACAGAGUACGCACAGUGAAACAACAGAUACUGCUUCAGAUUUUGAAGCUGAUGCAGCCGAUGAGAAUGUAGAGAUGGAUAUAUGUUUCAGAAGUGGCAGCUGUAGGGAGGUGGCUGGGAAAGACUCCUCCUGUCACAGCAGCACUGAGAGAUGUGAUAGGAUUAGGUCAAAAUCAUCUGUGGAAACAGAUAGUCUGGCCUGUGUUGUGGACUUCCCUGCAGUUGCAGUGAUGAGUGCUGCACCUGCAUCUCAGAGAUGGGAACCACAUGCACCGUUACCCCAGAAAGCCGAGCGGUCGAUGGGUUCUGCUCGGCCGGUAUCCUCUGUUGAAACCAGCAACCCUUUGGUGAUGCAGCUGCUUAAGGGGAACCUUCCAUUGGAAGAAGUUCUCCCAGUAUCUCAUGGCAACAUCAAGCUGGAAAUCACACAGCCGCUGCUGGACAAGCAGUCAGAAAGCCUCUCCCUGCAAAUGGAGAGAGGUAGCAGUUGUUAUUUUGGCAAAGAAUCUUCUCCAGAUGUAGGAAUAAAGACAAGUGCCCCAAGCAGGAGCGAUGACUUCCACUCACUGAGAUCUUCCAUGGAUCCCCCGGAAAAGAAGUGCGGAUCAGGGGCAGCGUUACCUAGAGCAGAGGAUGCGGAGGAUCAAUCUACUUCAGAAAAACAUUCCAAAGUUGGCUCAACUUUAAGUUGCCAAGACCAACUGGCAAAUGUGGCAAGUGCCUCUCAGAAGCCUGAAGAUAUGGGCCCCCGGGAAAGAACAUUUUCUUCCUGUAGCUUUGAGGAGCAAAAGGAGUUGUCCAAGGUCCAUCGGGUGCCACAGCACAACCCACUGACAAGUGUCAUCACAAAUAAGAGUCCAGAGAAGUUGAACGCCUCUAUGGAGCCUCAGUUUUUAUCUCCAACUGUAACUUCUCUUGGUCCAAAUCAGACAGGAGGUACAUCAGUCAAUAAAAAUUAUGUUGGAGUUCAAGGCAAAAAACUCUUUGGUUCUGGUUUUCCUUGCAACCCCAGCGUUAGACUACAUCACUCCAGGGCUUUGGAUCAAGUUUCAGCCAUAGGAACCUUGUCCCCCAGCAAACAGAUUCCUCUGAGCAAGAGCUGUGCAUCAGGAGAAGGAAUGCCAGCUGCAAGGGACGAAUGGACUUCAAAGCAGCACACCGACACCCUGGGAGGAAUAAAAAAUGAGAAUGUGCUGGCGUGUGGCAGCCCAGCCAAGAGUAACACGGAGAACCAGAAGGACGCAGCACAAAACCCCGUGGAGCUGACUGAGCAUUUGCAAAGUGUUCCGCUCGUUAUGGACUUGCCAUUUUUUAAGUUUUCAAGGGAACCAGGAAAAGGACACAAUCACCCUUUGGAGCCUUCUUCCAUACCCUCUCAGCUCAAUAUCAAGCAAGCAUUUUAUGGGAAGCUUUCUAAGCUGCAGCUUAAUUCCACCAGCUUUAAUUAUUCAUCCAGCACUCCAGCUUUUCCCAGAAGCCUUGCUGGAAGCAUGAUGCAGCUAACCCACAAAGCGAACUUUGCUGCAAACCAUAAUACGUCCCUUUCUGUGCAGAUGUUUGCUGGUAGCAGCAGUGUUGACGAGAUAUCGUUCAAGUGCUCGUGCAGCCUUAAAGCCAUGAUCAUGUGUAAAGGCUGCGGGGCGUUUUGUCACGAUGACUGUAUAGGACCCUCUAAGCUUUGUGUAUUGUGCCUUGUGGUGAGAUAAUAAAUUAUGGCCAUGGGACAAAUUGUAUAUUCAGUGUGUGUAUUUUGAUAAUGACUGAUCCUAAAACCUGUACACAAAAUACUAUUCUGUUUAUAGUAGAAAUGCUAUUACACUUUGUUUUGGUGAGGAAAGUUGACUUGCCUUCCCACUAAAAUCUACAGUCCAAAACCCUUUCUUGCUCACGGUUACACUCCAGUCUCGGUGGGCUGCGCCCCACUGGAGCGAUCCUUCUGCUUCGUGCUAUCGUGGAAAUACUGAUUGUGCUCUGGUACACGUGCUGAGGCUAACACCUGAGUGACAGGCAGUUUGCUGUGGCAAUCCGUGGACCCUCCGUCGAGGAAAUCUUUACAUCCAAAGGAACUGGAACAGGGUGUUUUCUAUUUCAGGGCUGUGCUAGGUGAGGCCCUACAGUCUUCCACUCUCCCCUUCUGCCAUCUCCAUUCUUGGUUUGUGUGGGAAGGACCGCUGUACAGUAAGUGUAAGCAAAGAGCUGCUCUGCAGUGACGGUUCUGUACGGUCUUUGGAUGCUACAGCAGAACGUGGUGCCCAGGAAAGCACUCUGCAGGUGGCUGUAGAGCUGUAUACAGCUAACCGUAUACUGGAUGGAGCCAACUCGGAGGAUGCAAGAAGAAGAGGAAAAAAAAAAAAAAAGUGGCAGGUGCCAACCGAACACCUUCUGCUGGUCUGCAGGAAGAUGUGUGGCGCAGGGAACUGUGUGCUUGGCUGAACUCUUGGACCAGCCAAUGUGACUGCCUCUUUUGGCUGACUUGCCACAAACUAGUGUGAAAUGUCGGAGGUUCCUAGAAGCUCGUUUACGUGGCCAGCGAUCUCUGCAUUGCAGCCCUGCAAUGAGGACCUUAACGUGACAACAUCUGACCACUUGCAAGCGUCUAGCUGUGCAUCUGUGUGACGAUCAUCUAACAUUUAAAGCAGUGUUUUUUCCUUUUUUUUAUAUUUUCAUUCUUGGAUGUAUAAAGUGAAUUAUUUGGCUCCUGUAAGUAUCCUCUAUGCAUCUGUUUGAUCAUGUAUUUAUAUGUUGUACACAGUACUGGCCAACUCUGUAAAUGGAUGUAAUGUACAUAGAACAUAAAGGGUUCUUUUUUUUUUUUCCUUGGAUUUUCAGGCUCUACAGCAGUAUUGCAUUAAAGUGGUGUUAGUUAUUAAUCUGCAUCUGUAGUCAGAGCCACUGUAUUCUGUCUUGCCUAAUGUGAGGCUCAACAUGCAACGGUGUCUCUUGGUUCUGACAGCCUCCCUCUCUGCCCGGGUGUCCGUGCUGCAUUGUGCAGGUAGACUGAUGUGCGGACUCAAGGAUGACCUGAUGGGAUUUGCCAAGUCGAGUGUACUUCACUGGUCGCUCCUCUAAGCUAUUGCCAGUUGUUGCUGUAACUGAUCUCCUAGAGCACGGCUGUAGCUGCGUUGCAAGAAGGUGAACAUCCUUGAGAGCAAAACCAUGACUCUCUUCCUUGUUGGAGCAAUUACUUACCAAGAAAUAAUUGCUUCAGUGGGGGGAGAAGUCAGCCGUUUCAUUUAAGCAGCAGUAGCAAG